AUGUCCGACAUUACGGUAUCAAGAACGGAAGAGAGCAAGAGCAAGUCAGGUGGUUUGAAUGCAGCAGAGGAAUCAUUCUCACCGACCAACCCCGAGACUACUGUUACCAGCCCCGGGCCAGGCCAAUCGACUAGCCUUGGUGUCUCCAAGCGCGCAAAGAAAAGCUGCAAAUGUACGAAAGAAAGCUGCGAAUGUACAGAGGAAAGCUGCAAUUGUACAGAGGAACUCUGCAAGCGAACUCGCGAAUCUGCGAGCAAAGCCAGCCGGGGCGAUGCUAAGAGAGAGGAUGAGGACUCGUUACUCCCCCCGAAACGAAGUCGAGCCCGGGCACCCACGCAGACUGGCAACGCUAGCACAUCUGACAAUGAAGCCGCGCCGAAGACAGGGAAAUUUUGGUCCCCUGAAGAGGAACCAUUGAAACGAAAAAGCAAUACAGAGUCACCCAGACCCUCGACGUCUAGAUCGUUUGAGCCCCGCAACCCUGAAAUCGACCAGACAGAGCUCUGCGUAAAGCAGCCGGAAACGCGUCCGAUAUCCCAGGAACAGCUCGUCGCCGAGGUCAAAGGCAUAUACGCUGGUCUCGUUAUGGUGGAGAGCAAAUGCAUUGAGGUCGACAAUGCUCAGAGCUCCACGACGGAGUCGAGCCCGAAGAUGAACAACGAGCAGUGGCAGGCAUUGAUCGCGCUCCACCGAACGCUGCUGCAUGAGCAUCACGACUUCUUCCUGGCAUCGCAGCACCCGUCAGCCAGCCCUGCGCUGAGGCAGUUGGCGAGCAAGUACGCGAUGCCGGCGCGUAUGUGGCGGCACGGCAUCCACUCAUUCCUCGAGCUUCUGCGGCACCGUCUGCCCGCGUCUCUCGAGCACAUGCUCAACUUCAUCUAUCUGGCUUACUCAAUGAUGGCGUUGCUGUACGAGACGGUGCCGACGUUUGAGGAUACCUGGAUCGAGUGCUUGGGCGAUCUUGGGAGAUAUCGGAUGGCCAUCGAAGACGACGACUUGAAGGACCGUGAAGUUUGGACAUCCGUCAGCAGGCACUGGUAUUCGACAGCAAGCGACAAGGCACCCACGACGGGACGACUGUACCACCAUCUCGCCAUCCUUGCGCGGCCUAAUGCGCUCCAGCAGCUCUUCUACUACUCGAAGAGUCUGUGUGAGAUCGAUGCCGCCUUUGUACGAGCUCAUGGGAUCCUGUUCUCUGGGCGCAACCAAGAACAACUCGCACCCUCCGUGGACGAGUUCAUCGGCAGUCUGGAUAACCACAUCGGGCGGACCACGCGACGAUGGAUGGAGAGUGGAUACUACAUCGGCAUCGCCCUUGGCUGCUCUCUCCUCGAGUACGGCAGCGAAUCGAACGUCCUCAUGCGAGAGAUCAAGUCGGGAGCUCGCACCGAUGACACAGACACGACCAUGCAAGGGGUUGAAGCCGCCGCCCCAUCCCAGAGGUUCCUCGAUGCCCUUGACUUCACCUGCCGCACACACGACGUUGUCUUUCGGCGCUUCGGCGACCCCAGUGUCACUCCUUACCUUCACGUCACCCUCUCGUUCCUUCACCAUCUUUCAAAACUCCCUGCCGCCAUGGCUCACAUCGAGUCCAAGAUCCCCUGGAAGCUCAUCUCACUCAUGCUCAACACGCUGGUCGGCGUCUGCUCAGACUUUGAUAAGGUUGAAGGUGAUGAGUUCCCUCGAAACGAGAAGGACAGCCCACGGCCAUUACCUGACGACUUCGCCCAGCGUGGUCUCCUUUGGGUAGAAGAGUACGACCAAACUAAGGUCGAGGAAGACUCCAAAAAAAAGGGGUACUACCCAGACGACUGGUUCACUGCCGCGAAGAUCGGCGACGAAGAGAGGUAUUUUGAGGUGGCGUCCAUGAUGGAAGAGAGGCAGAACCGGUGUCUCUGGUUGGGAAAUCGCAUAGCAGCUACAGGGAUGUGGCUGACGUACGACAAGAACCUGAGGCAGUUCAGUGUAGCACAGCGGUACGAUGUUGAGAUUGCCAACUUGCCGACAGAUUCGGACACAGGUAGUGAUACCGCAACACCAUCCAGUGAAUGGGGAAGAGGGGACGGCGCCGAUGUGGAGAUGCGGAAUGCGUAG